AUGUCCAUGACUCCAAUGGAAGACCUCAUGCGCGACAAGAUCGCCCACGAAUUCACCCCAAAAACACUAAUAAUCCGUAACGACUCGCAUAAACACGCCCACCACGCCGCAAUGGAAGGCUCGACUUCUAAAGAGACGCAUUUCCAGUAUGGGCCCAUCCCCACCCACCACUCCACACUACACUACACCACCCACAUAUCUGUAGGCGUAACGAUAACAUCCUCCUCCUUCGAGAAGAAAAUGCAACCAGCCCGCCAUCGAAUGGUGUAUGCCCUGUUGAAAGAGGAAAUGGCCCGGGAGGGCGGUAUUCAUGCGUUGCAGUUGCGGACGAAGACGCCGGCUGAGGAGGAGAGAGAAGUUCAGCGGGAGAAGGGUGGACAAUGA